CGGUUGAUUGAACUUUCUAGGCGUCUUCUCACCCCCAACGAGCCAAUUGAUCUCUCGUUGCGUAAGGGAAGCUCACAAUGUCUUCAACAACAGUCGCAAAGGCAGCGCAAGCUGCCCAGCGGGUGAUACCUGUCCACAAAGUAAGCUUUUUGCAGUUGCCCUGCUCUCACGGCGAGCGCCCCAUUUGACCUUCGCACCCCAGAAAUUAUCUCAACACCAGCUAACAGUAUCGCAGAAACAAACUAUGCAGUCCACGGGAAUUUGGGAACGUAUCCGCCGCGUCCUCGCCGUCUCCCCCGAGCGCUCCAAUGGUGUCCCUCUCAAACAUUUCCGCAACCCACCACCUGGAUCCAAUGACCCCCUCUCCUUCGAAGACCCCGUCACCCUCCCCGCCGGCGACAUCGCCGAGAACCCAUACUGGAAGCGCGACUCCCGGCGUUCGUAUCCACAGCUGUCGUUCGUUACGCAGGGCGAUGUGGUUGGUCUCUUGAGCUUGGGCAAUGCGAGCGCACCGAAGAAGGAACUGAUUGGUGAGGCGGGAACUCAGGCUUUGGUGCAGGUUAAGGAGGAGGGUGAGGGUGGACUGGCGAAGUACUUUGAGAAGGGGGGCAAGAGUGCUACAUUGGCUGCGCUUGGGAAGGAUGGAUUACCCCCGUUGCCUAGUGGGUUGAGCCUUAAGGCUGGGGCAGAUAAGUACAACUUGACGGCGGAAAAUGCUUAUCCUGAAGAAUAUCCUUGUCGAACAUUCCAAUAGAGGGGCAGAACGGUGUUGUUUGCUUUGUAUAUAAGAAAUGGAUCAUUUUCACAGGAC